UCGAGUGCUCAUCAGUGAAGUCCAGCCAAAGCUCUUCAGAAGUUUCUCUGUGUGGAUACCCAUCACUUAACAACACAAACACUUUCUGAGGUAGACUACUGGAGAUGGCUCACCUUAAAACCUGCUUGAGUGUCCUCAUACUCAUCGCCUUUGUCAUGGAGACCGAUGCAGUGCGUUGCUGCCUCAGAUACCGUAGACGGCAUCUAGACUGUCGACAUCUGAAAGGCUUCGAUAUCCAGAAAAUGACUGGCAGCUGUGAUCUUCCAGCGAUCAUCUUCCAUACAAAGAGUGGAAAAUUCGUUUGUGCUGACCCGAAACAACAUUGGACGCAGGACAGAGUUGAGUGUCUAAGGUAUGAGAAUGCUGCAGAAGUGAAGACAGGUGGUUUUUAAUGCUUUAAGAAUGCAUAAAUGGAGAGGCUGUUCUGGAGAUGGUUUUUGUUUUGUUGGACUGUGUCCCUCUUUGUUAAAGAGAUCUUAUAUUCUAUAUAUUGGCAUCACUUAAUUGCACUUUCUUGUACAGAGUGUUGGUAACUCUUUGUAUUGAGCUGUUAACUCACUAAGUCAGUUCACAAUUAUUAUUAUUAUUUUACUAAUUCAAAUACUAUUUAAAUGUUACUUGUAUUGUAAUGUAUUCACAGGAAUUAUAUAUGUGAUAUUGUUCACAAAUGGUCUUAAGGGAGCAUGUAUUUUUGUCUUUAUUUUGGGGAAUGAUUUGCCUAACCCUUUGGUUAGUCAUUGAUGCCCUCUACUGUUAAAGCUAUGCCAAUAUAAUAAAGUAGGAAAUGUUUUUCCAUCUUUAAAAAACGUAAUAAACAUUUUA